CCUCAAUAUUAUCCAUCCAUUGUCGCCUUAUGAAGAUCAUUGGUGGACAGGCACUGCGCCAUGUUGUUUUGUGGUCUUUCGGUCUAUUCCAAUGCCUCACCGCAAAGACUGCCCCGUAGGCUUCUUUUGCCCAUGGCAUCCGUAAUGAUGUUGGCUUCUACAGAUGAAAGUCAAGCGACGGUACUCAUCCGAUAGAAUCAAUGGACUUCAACGGUACGGCGGUAGCGGUAUGUCAUCUUGAGACUUAGGUACGGCCCUAUGAGACUACGAAAAGGGAUAAGACCACAAAAAGUCAACCACAUAUCCCGGGAAAAAAAUCACCGACGUUCAUGCCCGGCCUCGUUGAGCCCGUCUCAUCAUGCGGGUUGGCCGCUCGCUUCCAAUCGAAUCGUCGUUGGGCAGCCAUCAACCCUCCUCCUUGUCUCCUUGUCCGUCUGAUGUCCCAGGUCCAAUUCUGUUCCUCUGCCUCGCCUCUUGUCACAUCAUUUAUCACAUCACUCAAGCUCCCGAAUCCCAGAAACCGCACUCCCAAGUCCGACCCAAUUGCGACGUGGCGCCAGUGCUUGUUCCGCCUCACUUGAGCCAAUGGCCCUCAAGCACGCACGACAGUGAUCACUUGGACUCUGAGACUGCCAGAAUUUGUCUCCAUUCGUGGGGACAGCGUGGGGUGGCCUGCGUCAGGGACCCCUUACUCCCGCACCUUGAACCCUGCUACAGACUAGUGAUGCUUGUGAUGUUUGGCACUGCUGGGAAAGCUCCCCCCUGCUUCUCGAGAAUCUGCUUUUCUUCCCACAGCUUAGCCCAAUUGUGUCCUCCUGGGAUGGUCGUAGUCGGGACGCAUCUCGUCACUCUUGGUCCCUUAUUUCUCAACUCUAUUCAGUGUCAAGCCGAGACAAGAAACCUGUUGCUUCCUUGUCAUAAUUGCCCAUUGCACUUUUGUCUGUUGUUUACACCACAACACGGUCUCACAGGCGACAAGAUACCUCACAAUACAUCCUUUUGAGUCUCGCGAUACCAGCCCAAGAGACUCGAACUUCUUACUCCGGCUUGGGCACCGCACAAUCACAAGAAAAUCGAGAACUUGUCAAGAAAAUAACUCCCAAUCUCAUCUCUCGCCAACGAAAGCCGUCCACGUGUGCCAACGACAACAUCAGACCAUCUCCCCGGAUCAGCAUUGAUCACCUUUUGCGAAACAAGGACCCCCAUAAUCCACGAGUCCCGGAAGCAUGAAUUCGGAAGAACCAGUCGAUUUCUGCCCCUACCGGCAGAACCCAUGGAGCCACGUCCAAACCCAAGACUUCUCCAACGUCCAGUAUUUCCAACCUUCAGAUUCAGAGCUGGAAAAUGACGGCGACGUAUAUGCCAAUGGCGUGACGUAUCCCUCACAACCUGCACAGGCCAGCAGCAGCAGUAAAAAGAGCAAGAAGAAGGCAAAGAAGGACAAGAAGGCAGCACAAUACACCUAUGACGAGCCACCGGCUGUCGCCCCUGAGCUUCCCACGCCUGAACCGCCUCAAGACAACGGCAUAGCUGAAGACGAGUGGCCGACACCCUCAAAAAAGGACAAGAAGAAGAAGAAGAAGGGCAAAAAGGAGGAUAUCGUUGCACCUCCGCCACCUCCGCCUCCGCCACUCGUAGAAGCCGAGCCCGAACAGGAACCUGAGCUUGAACCUGAGCCCGAGCCCGAGCCUACGCCUGAACCGAUAAAAGAGAAACAUAUCGUCGCAGAGGAGGCACCCGUGUCUCCGACGAAGACGAAGGAAUCCUCCAAAAAGGACAAGGAAAAGGACAAGAAGAAAGAAAAGAAGAAGAAAAAGAAGGGCAAGGGCGGAAAAGACGCCGAACCAGAGCCGGCCGAGAGCUCAAGAUCGAUCCCCCCUCCGCCGCUGCCACCCCCAGCAGAGGACGCCAAGCCGCCAAAGAUGGAGGACGCCCCAGCUCCGCCUCCGGAGGCCACCAUUGAGGCCAAGGAGGAGCUGCCGACCGUCGAAGCUGAACUUGAGCCGGCUGCUGACCGAAGCCUGGAUGACGCCAAGGUCGAUGACACGGUAGCGAUGGAAAUAUCGCCAGACGCUGCUGAAGCCAUUGUAGAGGCGACGGAGUCGGCGGUUGUAGAUCCAGCUCCCGCCGAAGCUCCCAUCGAGGCUCCUGCCGAAACUCCUGCGGAAGCUUUUGUUGAAGCUGCAACAGAAGACAGCCAAGAUAAUGCAGCUGAUGCAUCAGCAGAAGUGGCCCCCGAGGCAACAGAGGCUGCACCUGAAGCUCCCACUGAGGAUGUUGCAACUGAAGAGCCCACAACAGUCCAAGCAGAGCCUAUCGCAGCGGAACCUCAGACCGAAGACGCACCACCCGCCGAAGCUGUUCCCGAGGCUUCUGAGGCACAGGCUGAAGCCGAAGCUGACAAGGAAGCGGACGGCGAGCCUGGAGACGCAACUCCUGCCGAUACAACUGCUGAUGCAGUCCCCGGAACAACCGCAGAGACACCAGCAGAGGGAAAGUCCGAAGAGUCCGCACCUGCUCCAGAGGAUGCUGCACCUGUUACCGACGAAGUCAAGCCCGAGGAGUUCAUAGUCUCAGAGUCGACUCCCAACGCGCCCGCUGAUGUAGAGCCUGAGACUGUUGCACCAGCAGAGGAGCCCGCCAGUGAACCUUCAGCUGAGCCCGUAUUGGACGAGACUGUACCUAUCGCGGAUGCUGCGGCUGAUGCCACAGUCGAAGCUGAGUCGGGAGACGCUGCUCCCGUCGAGGAGAAAGAUGCUGAUGAGGCUCCUGCUGAGUCAAAACCUGACGAUUCCGCGCCAGCUCCGGAAGAGACUGCAGCUACUGAAGAGCCAGCUACUGAGGCUCCAGCUGGAGAUAAGCCGAAUGAUGCUGCUCCUGCGGAUAAGCCCGUUACCGAGACUCCCGAAGAGCUGAAGCCAGAAGAUGCUGCCUCUGCAGAGCCUGCGGCCGAAGCCCCCGUUGACGCCGAACCUGCUGCCGAUGCCGCAGAGGAGGUUAAGCCUGAUGACGCUGCCGCUGCAGACGAGCCUGCUGCCGAUGCUUCUGCCGAUGCUCCGGUUGAUGCCCCGGUUGACACCGCAGCUGAAGAGUCCGCACCUGCGGAAGAACCUGCUGCUGCCGAUGUCAAGCCUGAGGAUCCCGCCCCCGAGGAGGCACAUGUAGAGGCUUCGCCUGAGGAGUCCCCUGCUCCUGCUGCCCCUGCGGCCGAAGAAACUCCCGAGGCCAAGACUGAGGAUGCUCCUUCUUCCGAGGAACCGGCUGCCGAACCCGUUGCCGAAGCAUCUAAUGAAUCAGCUCUAGCUGAGCCCUCAGCCGAGCCUUCGGUUGAGGCAGUGGAAGAAGCGACAUCCGAGGAGCCAACGCCGGAAGAAACAUCGACGGCUGCAACUACUGAGACGGAGGCAUCUUCAGCUCCUUCUCAGGCUACACCUGAGGUCGCCAAAGAAGCUGAGACAGCCGAUCCUGGACCGGCUGAGGCAAACACCGCCGAAGCUACGGCUGCCGAAGAGGCGGUGCCGCCAGCAGAGGCCCCCGUUGAAGCUACGGUCGAAAUGACAGCCGUAGAAGAUGCAACCGAUGCCGCAGUCGCCGAGACAGAUGCCCCCGCGGAUGAUGCUGCGAAGCCCGAAGAAGCCGAAGCAGCUCCCGCUGCCUCAGAGGAAGCACCAGUACCUGAUGCUCCGGCUGACGCACCCGAGCCUGCAGAGGUUCCGACUGAGACACCUGAUGCUCCAGCUGAAGCAGCUGAAGGCGAAGAAUCUUCCCCGGCUGAGCCGGCCGAGGUCAAGGAAGACGCAGCACCUGCUGUGGCCGAAUCUGCGGCUAUCCCAGAAGAUGCAACAACCACUGAUGCAGCUGCUGAAGAGCCAAAGUCUGACGACACCACCGCGGAUGCAGAUCCAGCAGCACCACAAGAAGAGACUGCGCCGACUAGCGAAGAUGCGCCAGCUUCUGCUGAUGCUGAUGACAAUCCCGUUGAGCCAGCCAAUGCGACCGAGCCUGCCGAAGAGCAGCCUGCCGCUGCAGACAAGGAAGCCGACUCGGCAACUCAGCCGGCAGAGACCGAGGCCGAGCCUCCGGUCGCUGAUGUGGCCGAGGCAUCAGUCGAAGCAGCCGCUGAUCCUGCAGGCGCUCCUGAGCCUGCCGUUGAGACAGCAAAGGCUGACGAUGCCGAGCCUCCUAAGGAGUCUGAUUCCGCAGUUGACACCGAAGCCUCCAAAGAGGUUGAAGCUGAGCCUUCGAAGGAGGUUGCAGAGAGCGCCGAACCUCCCAAAGGGUCAGAGCCCGAGGCCGCGGAUGAUGCCCCGUCCGAUGCUCCGGAGACGGCCGAGACAGCCGCCGAAGAGACAAAAGAGCCUGAAUCGGAACCUGCCCAGGAGGAGGAAUCUCCCGCUCCCAAGGAAGAGGAGGGUCCUCCUGCAGAAGCCGAAGCGGAGGCUGUCAAGGUUAAAGAAGCUGAAGUUGCAGACUUUGAACCAGACGCUUCUGAGUCAGUUGAGGCUGAAGCUGAAGCUGAGGCCCCUAAGGAGGCAGGGGUUGAAGCUGCCGCUGAAGCUGCAGCAGAGAACGCUGCUGUAGAUGAGCCUGCCGCGGCUCCUGAGGUUGAUGCUCCGGAGGAGCCUGUUGCCGAAACUGCGGCAGAGGUUGAGGCUCCUACUGACGCGGCCCCUGAAAGUGUUUCUGAGAGCACUGCUGAAGUCGUUCCCGAGACUACUCCCGAGGAUGCUCCUGAAGUCACUCCCGAGGUUGCUCCCGAGGCUGCUCCAGAGGUCGAAACCGAGACAGCGACAGCUGCAGUUGAAGCUGAUGCUACCAAGGACGCCGAAACUGAGGCUGUAGUUGAGCCUGACACUGCUCCUGAGACUAUACCAGUGGAAGCUGAGCCAGACGCAGCCGAGCCCGAGGCACCAAAAGAGGACGAAGCUGCCGCCACACCAGAGGAUACCCCAGAGGAUGCUCCAGAAGCCCCCAAGGAAGCCGAUGUAGAGACUGCAGACGCUGCCGGGGAUGCCGCCACCACGGACGACGCAGUUGUCUCAACUGAAGGUAUGGACGGAUACGAAAUCAUCAGUGACGGCAAAGAAUUCAGUUUCACCGUGGACAUUCUCUCCCCAGGGACCAAGGAUACUAAAAAAGAAACAGAACCUGCCGCUGAAGCCGAAGCCACGGCCGAAGAUGCCAAGGCCGGAGAGGCAAUUUCCGAUCCCGCCCCGGAGGAGCCGAUUACCGCUGCUGCCGAAGUGGAGACAGAGCCAGAAGCUCCCGAUGAGACCUCAGCCGAACCGCCCGCCGAUGCUGCUGAGCCCGAAACCAAUCCUGAGGAGCCCAAAGCUGAAGCUACCGAGACGGAAAUCGCACCUGAGCCUGAGACCACCGCAGAGACUGCAGUCGUGGAGCCAGAGGCAGCUGCCGCUGCUGAGGAUCCCAAGCCGGAGCCCGCUGCUGAGGCAGAAUCGGAGUCGACUCCCGAGACUAAUGACGAAGUCCCAUCUGCGGACCCGGCCCCGGAUGCCAUGGAGCCCGAACCGGAGACGACUCCGGAUGCACAAGAACCAGAGCCGUCAACUGAGGAAGCUCCAGAGCCCGAGGCCGCGGCCGCCACCGAGACCUCUGCCCCAGCCCCAGAAGAACCUGUUCCGGAGAAGGCUGCAGAGACGGCUGAAGAUGCUGGUGAGGCGCCUUCUGAGGCUGAUGCUGCUGCUGCUGCUGCUGCUGCUGCUACUCCCGAGCCUGAGGUUCAACCUGAAGACUCCGCCGCGGCUGAGGUCGAGGAGCCUGCGCCCGAAGCAGCUGCUCCCGCGGAUGACAACGAACCAGCCGCCAAGGUCGAGGGUGAUGCUGAGGUUAAGGAUCCUGAGCCUGAAGCGCCAGCAGCAGAGCCUGAAGUCGAGGCGGCACCAGCUGAGGCAGCACCUGCGGCCGAGGAGACCAAAGAGCCCGAAGCAGAAGCUGUCCCUGAAGCUUCCUCUGAGGUGAAGGAGGUCGAUCCUGCUGCCGAGCCUACCCUCGAAGCUGAACCCGCUGCUGAGGCUGAACCCGCUGCUGAGGCUGAACCCGCUGCUGAAGCUGAACCAGCUGCUGAAGCAGAGCCUGCCGCUGAAUCUAAAGACGAGCCCGAGGCCGACGUGCCCGCUGUUGCUGAGCCAGAGGAGGCAGCGCCUGUUCCGGAGACUGCGGCUGAUGAAGUCAAGGAGGCUGAUCUUGAGCCUGCCGCUGAGCCUACCGCUGAGCCUGCUGCUGAGCCUGUCGCUGAGCCUGUCGCUGAGCCUGCGGCGGAAUCCGCUGCGGAAGCUGAGCCAGCUUCUGAUGUUAAAGUGGCAGAACCCGAGACUGAUGCUGUCACUGAAGUAGACGUUAAGGAACCUGAGGGCGAGGCUGCGGCUGAGCCUGAUGCCGCUGCUGAACCCGACGCUGCUCCUGAGCUCGACGCUGCUCCUGAAGCAGAGGCUACUCCUGAAGCGGAGGCGGCUAUCGAAAAUCAGGAGCCCGCACCUGGGCUUCCUGCUGAGGCAGCGGCUGAGGAAUCCGAGUCUGCUCCUGCUCCCCCUAUCGAAGAAGCUGAAGCACCCGAAGCUAAGGUCGAAGUGGCAGAAGCCAAAGAAGCAGAGCCCGCGGCUGAGGCGGAACCUACUACAGAGGCGGAGCCUGCUGCAGACGCCGUUAAUCCUGCUCCUGCUCCUGAGUCAAAUGAGCCUGAACCUGAAUCGGAGCCUACUCCGGCCGAUGCUGCUCCUGCUGAAGAAGCAGCCGCCGUUACGGACGCGGUCCCAGAGCCGGAGGCGCCAGCAGCGACCGAAGAAGCCAAAGAACCCGAAGCCGCUGCUGUAGAAGUUGCCACAGCAGAAGUCAACGAUCCUGAGCCCCAGACCGAGGCUGUCGAGGAGGCGGAGGAUGCUGCCGCUGAGCCGCCUGCCGUCCCAAUUGAGGCCGCUCCGGAGACCGAAGAAGCUCUACCCGAUCCGCCCGCUGCGGUGGAGGAACCUGCCGAGGCGGAGCCUGCACCCGAAGUCAAGGAGGCGGAGCCAGAACCGGCGUCUGAGCCAGCUUCGGAAGAGACUAAGAAGCCUGAGCUCGCCGAAGCUCUCGCGGAGGCGAAUCACGCUGCCGCAGUUGAAGAAACGCCGGCACCGGAAGCCGAGCCUGCUCAGGAGACCGAGACCCCCGAAGCAGAUGCCGCGGCUGAACCGGUUGAAGAGUCUACGCCUGCCGAGAAACCUGCCUCGACGGAAGAUCCUGCGCCUGCACCAGUUGAGCCAGAGGCACCAGUUGAGCCAGAGGCACCAGUUGAGCCAGAGGCACCAGUUGAGCCAGAAGCGCCCGCUGAGCCAGAGAAGCCUGAAGAAGCAGCUGUUGAAGCUCCUGCCCCGGCCGAAGAUUCUGCACCAGCGGAAGAACCCGUAUCAACCGAGGAACCAGCGGUGGCUGAGGAGCCUGCUCCCGCUGAAGAACCCGCUCCUGUUGAUACAGAAGCGCCCGCGGAGCCGCAAGCAGCGGCAGAAGCUGCUGUUGAAGAAUCUGCGCCGAUUGAGGAGCCUGUUCCUGCUGAGCCAGAGGAGCCUGCUGAGGCAGCUGUUGAGUCUGCUCCGGUUGAAGAUGCGGCUGCUGCUGAACCGGAGCCACCAGUCGAAGAGCCUGCCCCUGCCGCGCCAGAGCCACCUGUCGAGGCAGAUGUCGAGGCACCCGCAACGGCUGAAACCGAAGACCACACAGCAGAAGUCGCAGCGGCUGCGGUGGCGGCGGCGGCAGUAGCCACGGGAGCGGCGGUGGCGGUGGCAGCAGAUGGUAAACAGACGCGGUCUUUGGAUGCUGAGGAAAGCAAGGAUAGGGUGGGACCAAUUGCCUCUGAUGCGAGAGAGGCAGAGAAAUCAGGUGAGAAUUCCCCUCCUUCCCCUAAUCCCGAUUCCCCCGAUGGAGAGGCACGGGAAGGACAGGAAGGCCAAGAUCCCGAGGACGUCGAACCGGAACCCGUCGCGGAGCCUGCCGAGGACAACGCCCCGGAGCCGGAAUCCAUGGAACCUGUCGAAGAGAACGAGACUGCGAUGACUGCCGAAGCUGCCGAAGGAGACGCCCCGGAAGAGCCAACUGCCGAGAUUCAGGAGAGCCAAGAUGCGGUCGGCGAAGAGCCUACUGUUGAGGAAGCUGCCCUACCACCCUCAGACGAGCUACCAUCUGUCGAGGAGCCUUCUGUCGAAGAGAUCGAAUCACCAGAUCAAGACAACGCUGAAGUCGCCACAGGCGAAACGCCCACUGAGCAGCCUUUAGAGGAACCAGCCCUCGAAGACACCACUGUCGAGGCUGAACCCACUGAACCAGCAUCGGACGAACCAGCUCCCGCAGAAGAGGCAGCUCCAGCCGAACCUGCUUCCGACGAGACCAUCUUGACUGAGUCUCCGCCAGAGGAGGCAGUCGCCGAGGAACCUACUCCAGAAGGAGCUUCACCCGAAGAGCCUGUAGCUACAGUAGAAGAAUCGGCCGUGGAGGAGCCAACUCCUGAGGAGGCUCCUGCAUCUGAGACUGCUCCCGAGACAACAGCAGAGGAGCCCGAGCAAGUCGAAGAUGCAUCCACAGAGAUCGCCGCCGCUUCCGAAGAGGUUCCAGCAGAUGCAGUGCCCGAGGAGUCAGCAGCUGAAGAAGCUCCACCAGAAGAGCCAGACCAAACGCUAGAGACUCCAGCUGAAUCUGCACCUGAAGGGGCCAUCUCGGAGGAGCCCGUUGCUGAGCCCGCCGAUGAGCCCGCCGAUGAGCCCGCCGAUGAGCCUGCCGAUGAGCCCGCUGAUGCGCCUGCACCAGAAGUCGUCUCCGAAGAGCUCACCGUGGAGGAUGCCCCUCCUGAAGAGUCGACACCUGAGCCUGCACCAGCAGAGCCUGCACCAGCAGAGCCUGCCCCCGAGGAGGCGACUCUGGGUGAAGCUACUCCAGAAGCCACGCCAGAAGAUUCCCCAGCAGCCGAGAUGCCUUCUGAGGACGCCGUUUCUGAAGAGCCUUCUCCUGAGGAGAUUGCCCCUGAAGAGCCUAUUCCCGAAGUUGCUCCUGAGGAGGUUGUUUCUGAAGAAGCUGUCCCCGAAGAGCCUGCUUCCGAAGUUGCUGCUCUUGAUGAAACCGUCUCUGAAGAACCUAUCUCCGAGGAGCCUUCUCCUGAGGCGGCGGAUGCCGCGCCUAUAGAGGUUGAGGACGCACCUGAAGAUACACCGGCGGCCUCCGAAGCCCCCGCCUCAGAAGCUCCUGUCAAUACCGAUGACACUCCUGAAGACGCCCCUGCAGAGAAACCUGCAGAGCCCGACGCAGCUGAGGAGGCAUCAACUCCAGAGGCGGACGCCAAUGAGCCCGAAGAAGCAGUACAGAUAUCGGAUGACAAGGCGGAGCCUACUGACAGCGAUGAGUCAAUUGAUAAGGACGCACUCAUUGCUGGAGCCGCCGCCGCUGGUGUUGCUGCUGCAGCAGGGUCGGUUGCUGCCAAUGCUAUCAAAGAUUCAGACGACGAUGCUACGGCUAGAGAAGCUCCCGGUUCUGCUGCAGCAGACACAAUGUCACGUCGCAGCUCAUCGGACAAAUUGACGCAGACUUUGGAUAAUAUUUCGGCCCUGGACACAAUCACCAUGGCGGACCAAAAGGACUCGGACGUGGACGCCAACUUCAGCCCCGUGCAGCGAGACGGAUUCUCGGACUGCGGAACGCAAACCGAUGGCUCAGUAUGGGGCCUCCGGCCAUCGACUCCCGCUGUGGUUCUCCCCGAGCUUUCCAUGUCACCGGCCGCCAAGGAUAGGGCGAGGGCUCUCAGACGGCAGCGCAAGGUUUCCAUUAAGCAAGCGGAGGAACUCAUCGCGGCUGCCGUGGUCAUCUACGCCACAGCCGAAACUCUUCGUCCACCCAUGAGCCCAUCAUCUCAGAGCAGCUCGCAACUCAUCAAGGCAAUGCCCAGCUGGGAGAGAAUGGACAUCAAACCGAAAAAGGCCUUUUUCUGGAGGGUUCUACCAGGCCUUCUUUCCAGACGCAGGAAGAAGAAGGAAGCAGAGCGUGAGAGGCACCGACGGCGACGCCAUUCCUCAACCCACCAUCCUUCAUCAUUCUCAAGCCGUAGCCGAGGCGAAGACGAGAGGAGAGAACACGAGAGCAGAGAACACGAGAGUAGCAGACGCCACUCGCACACAUCACAUCACUCAAGUCGACGACACCGAACUGACAGCGAGCGAUCCCUCCGAUCCGGCGAAGCUAUGCCCCGAACUCCACCAGGUCCUCCAAAAAGACAAGACAGCGGGUUCUCCGAAAGCCCCCAAACUCAUUCUCAGCACCGUCAUCGCAGCGAACGUAGCGAGCGGAGUGCGCGAAGUGAACACAGCGAGAAGACCGAGAGAACUGAGAGAAGUGAGAGAAGCCACCGCCACCGCAGUGAGCGUACGCCUGAAGAGCAGGCUGCCCAUGAUCGACGCAAGGAGGAGCGGCGACUUGAGAAAGAGCGCGAACGCGAUGCCGAUCGUGACAGACCGAAAGACAGGCACCGCGAAAAGGAGCGCGAGCGCGAACUACAACGUGAGGUCAACCGCGAGAACGAGGAAAGAGAGCGUCCGCGUCGCAAGGGCAAGGAGCCCGAGACUAUCGCCAAACCCGAGGAUACGCCGGAGCGCAGUCAUCACCGCUCUCGUCGCCACAGUACGUCAGAGCAUCAGCGCCCGCACCGCACCCUCAGCAAGAGAGAAUCCAUGGAGCCCGCGCCAGAGAAGCCUCGGCGAUUCUUCAGCGUCAGAGGCGAAGGUACGACUGGAUCCAAGUUCCCUCCCCAGGACCCCCCGGCGCCAGCCACGCCAAAGGACGACUUGCCAAUGGAUGACAAUGCAGGACGACAAGAGUCUACUCCCACACGCGACACUCCCAAGCGAUCAAGCACAACGCGGGACAAGCACAGGCACAGAGACAGAUCCGAAGGCGGAGGUGGUGCCAAACUGCAAAAGGUUCGCGACGAGGUCGCCGAGGAAGCUCGCCGAGAAGCUCGCAGGGCUGCUGAGAAGGCCGAACGGGCUGCCCUAAGAGCAGCUGAAAAGGCCGAAAGAACCGAGAGGGCCGAUAGGGGUGAUAGGCCUGAGAGAUCCGAUAGAUCUGACAGACCUGAGAGGGCUGAGAGGAUCGAUACGGCCGACAAGCCAAGAUCAAAGCACUCGGACGACUCUCGACGCCGUGCUCGUGAGGAAGUCAGGAGGAGGGAUGAAGACAAGGCUAGAGAGAAGGAGAAGGAGAAGUCAAAGGGGAUCAAGGGCGUGUUCAAGCGUCUCUUCAACUAAUGACUUGGGAUGUGCGUGUAAUGAUUCUACGACGAUGAGUGUACGCGGACCAUGUGUUUCACGGGAACGGAAUUAGACUGUUAUGACUUUUGUUGAGAUUUUUUGGUUAUUUGGGAGGCGUUCACUGAGAAUGGCUG